AUGUUUAGCGCUGAUAUUACCUGGACACCUAUGGCAGAUGAUGUGAGAAGAAUUGCAGGGCCGAAGGACCGCGAUCGCGCAUCCCUGAAGAGCAGCGAUUCACAGUCGACGAAGAGGGGGAAAUUUUGGCCCUUUUCCAGACAACUGAAGCGUACCUCCAAAUCGGAAUAUCUUCAACCGGAAUCAACUCAACCUGGACUCAACAUAACUGGUUCUCAAGAAAACAAAGGACCUGCCUAUCCAUACCCUCACUCUAAAGCAAACAACUCGCACCCUGUGGAACUGUAUGGCGACAGGCAAGAGUAUCUAGAGAAUAGGACAGACUUUUCUAGCCCUUCGAGAUGGCAUCCAUAUGCACUAUCCGAGCCCGUGUUUGAACUGCCAGCGUCUGUCACGGUCCCCAGCCCCCCAACUAGAACGUCAGGUCAACAUGGUGGGUUGCCAAAGUAUCCUGCUCCGAGGCACGAGGACCAUUUUCGAAACCAAGACAUUGCCCGACAGAGCCGAUGUUCUUCUGAUGAAAAUGAGAGUCCUGCUCUAGAGAAUCACCAGUAA